AUGGCGUGUUGUUCCCCUGUCUGUCCACUAGAGGGAGAGAAGAGCGCGCAGUCUCAGAGUUCACAGUGUUUAAUACAGAAGAACAAAGAGAAGAUCAUGCAGUUGAGGCAUGACGUUCACCUCCAACACCGGAAACUGGCCGAGGCGCUCACUGCAGAUGAGCAGGUCAUCAGGGACGCUUUUCAAUCCCAUAACUCAGAGUUGGCUACCUACAGGAACAUGUCUGGGAAGGCUGCAGUGCAGGCUCUGGAUCAGAAAGUCAAUGAGAAAAUGAAAAAGCUGAACGUACUGAAACACAUGACGAACAAACAGCACCACCGCCUGGAGGAACUGAACACUCUGAGAACCACCAGACCCGGCCUGCCGACUGAUGGGGAUGCCACGAACCUGCAUGUGUUGGAGAACCAAUUAGAGAAAGCACAGCUGAAAUGUCAGGAGGCUGAACACGUUGUAAGGAGCUUCCAAGCAAUAAAGGAGCACCUGCAGGAGGAGAGUCUGACGUUCCAGUCUCAGUUAGAUGAGUUGGAGGGUGAGAUUGUUCAAAAGAAACAGGAGCUCAGAGAUCUUCAGCUAAUGUACACCAGGACAUAUCAGGCAAAAAGCUCAGGCAAGGCCCAAAGGGUUGCUCUGCACACAGGUGAGUUGAGCAGUGAAGCCCAGUGCUGUGGAACAGGAGGAGGAGAGCACAACAGAACCAUUUCCAGCUUCAAGGAGGCUUUCAAACGCAUCACUGAGGCUACAGGAGACACUAACACACAGGAGGUGGUAGACAGGUUUAUAUCUCAGUGUGACACUCACACACACAUGGAGAAGAUGAAGGAGCAGAAAGAGCAUGAGAUUCAGCAGCUGACGGAGGAGAGAGACGCAUUAUACACUCAGUACCAGGACCUGAAAUACUCAGGAGACACCAAACUGACCCAUAGGAGGAGUUUGGUGGAGGAACAUGUCUCUCAGUUACAGCAGGAAAAGCAGGAGCGAGACGCAGCUAAAGAGACUGUGGAGAGACUCACACACAAACUGAACACUUUGAGCAAUGCUGUGGAACAUAUGUGUCACAAACUAGAUCACAUCACACAGCAGGAUGCUCCGGUGCAGCGAGAGCGUGUGUAUCCUCUGCAUGCAUUAAAUAUGCUGAUGGAAGCGGAGCUGAAACUGAUUCAGUUGCAGGAGGAACUACAGGGACAUGAUAUAGAAUCAGUGAUCAAGGAGAUGAAGGAGCAGGAGUUCCAUGCAAAAGAUGAGGGGAAGCUUCCUGACUUCAGUACCAGCAUCACACAACCGGAAUAUCAGAGAGCCGAUUCGCACGAAAAAGAGGAUGACAAUGAGGAUGAUGUUUGUGAAGAUCUUCACUUAGAUGUCCCUUAAACAGCAGCUCAUCAUUGACUCGAUGACAAAGAUGCAGAGUAACCUUCCAUAGAUUUAUGGUGUUACCAUAAUAAAUAAAUAAACAUAAUAAAAUAUA